AGACCACGAGGAAGAAACCGCCAAUCUCCAUGUCGUCACUGCUGAUGAGUGACGACCAUAGGCUUCACCUGCAGCAGCACGACGGCCCGGCUGCGCAUUCGCCUCGACACGCGCGCGAAUUCGGGGCAGCCGCCGCCGCCGCCACCGUCGUCGCCGUCGCAGACAGAGCAUCUGGUCGGCGGAAAUGGUAAAGAGCGCCAUCCGAUACGCCGUGGUGGACGCGUUCGCGGCGGAGCCGUUCAAGGGGAACCCCGCCGCCGUGUGCCUCCUGGACCUGGAGCGGGAGGAGGAGGAGGAUGCCGACGAGGGGUGGAUGCAGUCCGUCGCCGCCGAGUUCAACCUCUCCGAGACCGCCUUCCUCGUCCGCGAACGGCCGCCCUCCUCCGCCGCCGCCGGAGACGCCGGCCCGCGGUUCCGCCUCCGCUGGUUCACCCCAGUCGCCGAGGUGGAUCUCUGCGGCCACGCGACGCUGGCCUCCGCCCACUUCCUCUUCACCGCCGUCCUCGCGAAGCACCACGCCAUGGUCGAGUUCGUGACCAGGUCCGGCGUCCUGACCGCCAAGAAGGUUCCUGCUCCGGCGAACGCCGGCGUCUCGGGUGAGAAUAAGCUGUUCAUCGAGCUAGAUUUCCCCGUGGUUGAUCUCGUGGAGUACAACUCCGCGGAGAAGCUCUCGAUUCCGGAGACUCUGAAUGGCGCACAGGUCGUCAGUGUUUGGAAAUCAUCAACCGCCGGUGACCUCAUUGUGGAGCUUUCUUCAGGAAAAGAGGUUGCGGAUAUUAUCCCUAACAUUGAUGAAAUUAAAAAAUGUGAUGGAAGAGGAGUUAUUGUUACGGGACCAGGACCUGCUGGAUCUGAAUAUGACUUCUUUUCACGUUUCUUCUGCCCAAAAUUUGGGAUAGAUGAGGACCCUGUCUGUGGAAGCGCACACUGUGUUCUGGCACCCUACUGGGGUGGAAAGCUGGGGAAACAAAAACUGACGGCGUUUCAGGCUUCGCCAAGGAGUGGAACACUGUACUUGGAGCUGGACGGCGAGAAUAGGAGAGUGCGAAUUCAGGGCGAAGCUAUCACCGUGAUGACCGGGACUCUUCUGGUGUAGCAUACACCUAUCUGCUCUUGCUAUUCUUCAGAGAACAACAUGUUGUUCGACUCAUACCACGAUCGAUUCUAUACAAAUGCUGUUAAGUUUGGAAUAAAAAGAUCAUGCGAUCUGUGCGUGCGGUGUGCAAGUGCGUGUAAUCGAAAGAAAUAAAAAGGUCAUGAGAUCUGCAAAUGUUCAGUAAAACAAUCUGGAACUCAGAAACUGCAUCGUGUGAAGAAGCAAGUGCAUUUUGGUGAUCAAA